AUCAAUCAUUCCUCUACUUCCUGCAACUGAAUCUCCCUGGAGGAGUCAUCAGAUCCUCUCAAUCUUGAAGACUGACAGGAAGUCCCUGUGGACACUAGCUCUAUGCAAAAUCAGGAGGGAUCCUUGACACUAAGAUUUAAAAGCCCCACCUUCAGAACAAAAUUAGAAAACUCAGAGGUUAAGUUAUAGUUAUUGCAGCUUCUGGAAAGGUGUAGAACAUGAAGGGAUUCAGAAGUCUGGUGGUAACAACCUUGGCUCUUUUCCUGGUGUUUUCUUUCAUGGGAAAUUCCAACAGUGCUCCGCAGAGACUCUUUGAGAGAAGGAACUGGACUCCUCAAGCUAUGCUCUACCUGAAGGGUGCACAGGGGCGCCGCUUCAUCUCCGACCAGAGCCGGAGGAAGGACCUCGCCGACCGGCCGCCGCCCGAAAGACGAAGCCCAAAUCCCCAACUACUAACUCUUCCAGAGGCAGUAGCUGUGCUAUUGGCUUCCUUGCAGAAACCCCAAGAAGCUGGAGAAGAAAACUUUGAUCAAACCAGAUUCCUAGAAGACAGUCUGCUAAACUGGUGAAAAUAUACCAGAUUCCAUUCAAUUUUAUUUCUAUUCUUGUUGAAAACAUGAACCAUGUGAAUAAAGCCUGUGGACCCUUUUUAUGUUCAUUUGUAAUCUUAGGAACAUGUGUAGCCAGUUUUAUUCUUCCAGAAGCUAAAGUGAUGUUGAGUUCUUAGUGAGAACAUCGUUGCUUUCUUCCAUUGCUUCAGGUCCUGUUUGAUCGCCUUGUGUCUUACUCUCGGAUUUUUCAGCCCAUUUAUAAUUAUUAGGUUGAAGACUCUUUAGAGUGUUCUUUCGUUUUGUGACAACAGAUACCCAUCUUGAUCUAAUCAUUCUUAGUUGCUUUUUUUCAUUCUGUUACCCACUUGCACUGUCUUAUCACUCAGCAGAGAAUCUCCUCUCCUUUUCCCCCUUUUCUCACCUCCAAGGAGGGUGAGGCGGGGAAGCAUGGCAAGAUGGGAAAGAGUAGAGUGUGAUUCUUUUAGUAUCCAGGAGAGGUAAGUUGUCAGGAAGAGAAGUGGGAAGGGAUGAUUGGGAAGAAGCCAUGUGAUCAGACACUGCAGUGUGGUUGCUGAGAGAGGGGACCCUUGGUGAGACUGGAGCCAGUGGAAGGUUCUACAGCUGGAAGCUCCCCCUUGUGCUCUCUGGGGAUCUCCCCAAAUUCAGUUUAGAAACAGGGAUCUAAAAGUUACUGGGAACUAAGCAGAUGGAAACACACGCUGCUCUUGUACAAAAGAAACAAACCAUUUUUUUAGAGGUAACCCAUUUUCCAUGGCUAAACAGACUCAAACACUGCUUACUCUAAUUGACUAGAACUCUAGGCUUUAUUUGACAUAAAAACAUAACAUAAAGGCACCCUGAUACAAAAUGCAUGGUAAUAUGCCUAAUUUAUUCAUUUUUUAAACUCAACUAGGGUUCAGUACUAUCUGAAAAAUAAAAUACACACAUACCUACAGCAAGCAUAUAGUAUAUUUAUUUGAAAUUACAAUACGACCAUCAUGUUCAUUAUUUUUGAUUUAAUUACUUGAGAGUUGUUAUUGAUAAAUGUCCCAAGUGGAAAGUAUUGUCCAUUCUUAUUGUCAUCAGCAUAUAGCUAUUAGUCAGUAGCUAAAGAAUAUCAUUAUGUGAAUGUCUCUGUAACUUGGAAUUACAAUUCUACUGUGUUAAGUAAUCAAAACCCUGCUUAUAAGAUUUGUCUGUGUCUCAUUUCAUAACUGAAUAAUGAAACUGUAUUCAAGUUAAUGUAACAUUGAUAUCUGCCAAAAAAUAAUAUGCUAGCAAUAAAAUAAUCUAUGUGGCAUUAUAAUAGGUGCCUGUCAUUAAUUAUUGUUUGAUUUUAAAGUGGAUUUUCUAGACAGUGUAUAUGUCCAGUUUAUUGAGAAUUAUUUACUCACCUGACAUAGACUUGUACAUAUGGACUGCUUAAAUACUAUGUCUAGUCCCAGAAUACAUUUAAAGUCUAUCUUACAAAGUAAAUCUUCCACAACUAGAACAAUCUCAAGUAUUUCCCACUAAAACAGAGUUUUUUUUUGUUUUUUUGUUUUUUUUAUUAAUUAAUUUAAUUUAUUUUUGGCUGUGUUGGGUCUUCGUUUCUGUGCGAGGGCUUUCUCUAGUUGCGGCGAGCGGGGGCCACUCUUCAUCGCGGUGCGCGGACCUCUCACUAUCGCGGCCUCUCUCGUUGCGGAGCACAGGCUCCAGACGCGCAGACUCAGCAGUUGUGGCCCACGGGCCCAGUUGCUCCACGGCAUGUGGGAUCCUCCCAGACCAGGGCUCGAACCCGUGUCCCCUGCAUUGGCAGGCAGAUUCUCAACCACUGCGCCACCAGGGAAGCCCUAAAACAGAGUUUUUAAAAGCUGUCUAAAUGACCAAGGGCUGUUAUAAUAUCAGCUACAAUAUUACAAGUACUUGAAUUUCCUGAACAUUGUUCUGCCAUACAGAUGUGCACAUUAACCCAGUAGUUGCAUAUGCCCGGUUUGCUAUAACUUUCUAUCUCUCCGGGGGUGUCUUUGCAAUUCUCUUUAUUUCUAUAUCGUUCAAAAUUGAAAUGAAUAAGUGAUCAGUGGUCAAAACUUUUCACAUUGUAUGGCUUGUCUUUUAAAAUUGGAAAAUAUCUGCCUCCUGUGCAUGUCCAUGUACUAGAAUACCCCACCUCCAGAUAGGACUUGCAGCCACUUUCACCCCGUUCCAAUUGCUCUUCUCCUCUUUGCCUCUAUAGCCUUCUUCCCCUGUGGCUACGUGGCCUCCAGGGUGGGCUCUCAAUUACUCUCUGUUUCCCUGGUUUUCCCCAGUGGAUGACUCCUCUCGCCCACCACAGUGAUCCUAAGCAAGGAGAGAAGGUGAGAGGUUAAAAUCAGCCUCCAACUAGCAUUUCUUCUUUACCUGCUGAUGAGAAAUAAAAGUCUAUAUCCUACCAACCCUGAGUUACAUUAUUUUACCUUGGCCUCAGGAGAAAGAGGAGUUGGGAAUGUAACCUGUUUGUCUCCUCCUACUGGACUAUAAAUCCCUUAAGGAAAUGUUCACGUCUAAUUUGAUUUUAUCCUUACAACCACAAUGUGAAGUGGGCAGUUGUAUCUCCCACAUUACUUCAUAGAAAUUUAGGAUCGUCCUAGGAAGUCGCUUUGAAUCUCCUCAAGUACACUUAACCAAUCCCUCUUCUGAGAACUCCUUGUGUCCUGGAAAGCUUCUAGUAUAGCACUUGUAAUAUUUUAUAUUCCCAUCUGUAUAUGUAAAGCCGGCUCUGUUCACUCUAGCCCUUACCAUGGAAGGAAGGGGGGUACAAUGCAUAAAAAAAGUCUUGCUGUCAGCUGGUCAAGCACACACAAUUUUCCGU